AUGGUCAAAAUUGGUAUCUUGCCCUCUGAGAUCACGGAUGAGAGCUUGCUUCUUGUAGACAAAACAAUUCCACAGCUCCAAGACACUGUCUUCAUGAAAGUUGGGUCAACUCUGCGCUCACAUCUUGGCCGUUACAAGUUUGUUGCAAACAAUCAAUGUACAAAGUUUGCCGUGCUCGCUGUCCAUACGAUGAAGGAGAAAUCCGAAUUCAGGGUCAUUUAUGAAACUCACUACAAGAAUAGCAACAAUAGAAGGAUAAAUUUUGUUGAUUUUGCCAGCAAGUUUAAUGAAAAGGCCAACGGUAUUGAUAUAUUCUAUAAAACCACGGAUUGUCUCGAGAAGUAUUAUAAAGAUUUCGAAUUAAAAGACGGAGUAUCCAAAACAGAGGAGAUUCAUCAACUAGCUUUGAGACUCAUUGAGCAUCAAGUCGUCUCCACUGAUCAGCCUUCUCAGCUACUGCCUGCAGCAUCACCAAGAACACCAUCCAUCAACAAUGUUUUUGCUGUCGUUUCUGCUGCCACAAUUGAUGCACAAAUACCGCCGCCAUCUGUUUCAUUGCAACUGCUUCAACCGCAACCACAACAGCCACACCUACAGCACAAUGUCCUCCCUGCUGGCUACUAUUUCCAGCCACCAUUGCCCGUUCCUAGCCACAGACUACAAGAUGUCUUGCCCGUUCCUGACCACAGGCCCCAAACUGCCUUGCUGGUCGCAACACACAGGUUCAUCUCACCUCGACUGCAGAUGUGCCAUCCACAUCCCUACCAGAAAGCGCCAGUAAUAACAAAAAGGGUUACAGCAAGAAAGUGUAAAGGUUGUGGAAGUGAAGUCUGCAAUGGUAAAAACAAACAAACAGACUGCAGUAAUCCAAGAUGUUUGAAAUGUGCUGCGACAUCUGGCUGUCCAGGUAUCUGGGAUGCCAAAAAUUGCAACAGGUGA